AUGCGAUCAUUGAGCCUCGUCGCCGGCCUGACGCUGGUCUGCACCGGCCCCGUCGCCGCCAUCGUCGUGGCAGACGGAUCGCCAUGCUCGAACUCGUGCGGAAACGUCCUGGACGCCACCACCACGUCCGACAUCGUCUGCUCGGACGGGGACUACGCGACCAACACGACCGGACAGCUGUUCAAGCAGUGCGCCGAUUGCGAGAUGACGAGCAACUAUUACCGGAACGAAAAUGACACCGACAUGGGAGCUGCUCUGUGUAUGCUCUUCUUCUUCUUCACUUAUAACCUCCGCUACACCUUGUCGCACUGCUUCUUCGGCAUCUCCUCUGACGAUGUACUUCAGGACAAUCCCUGUCUGACCAGGACGUCAUGCGGCGACUUCCGCCCCGGAACCGUCUACAAGAACCUCUCCACCGACGUCGGACCGUACGAGUACUGCGACGUGUGGCCCGCGGACGAAUUCGACAACUUCAACCAGUGCAAGGCCUGUCUGGACACGUACGAGAAGCCCUUCCUGUCAAACUUCAUCACCGCCCUGCAGGCAGGAUGCGAGCAGAAGCCCGUCCCCGGCGUCUCCGUCGCCCUGCACGGCAACAUCUUCUCCGACACCAACGUGACCGUCGCCUCUCCCACGCCCCAGGUCAGCGUCGACCCGUCCUGGUUCGACCAGGGGCCCAUAACGUCGGGCGCCAUCGCCGGCAUCGUGGCCGCCGGCAUCGUCGUCAGCCUCGUGCUGGCCGGCUGCUUCAUCGUGUGGCGCGGCAAGCGUCGCCGCCGCACCUUCCUAGAGAACUACAACAAGUCGCUGUCCACCUCGGCCGUCUCCAAGAACCCGCGCGGCAAGGGCUGGCCCUCGCCCCUCCAGAUCCAGGGCAUGAAGGACAUGAGCUCCGACACCCCGCUCAGCCAGAGGCCCCUGCGCACCUGGGACGACUCGCCCCAGAGCGCCUUCUCCGAUCAGCAGUUCCCGCGCUACUUCUCCCCUUACUCGUCCCAGUACACCAGCCCCGUCAGCGCCUCCGACCAGCAGCAGCACCACCCCAUGCACAGCUGGCCCGUCCUCGGCGGCUACCGCGACAGCCCGCCCGUGCCGCAGCCUGCGCCCACCACGAGCCACCAGGACCCGCCCGCGUCGCCCCGUCGGAGCAUCGGGCUCGCCAUCGGGGCUGCGUCGCCCGUCGACACCGGAGCGCGGAGCACCGAGACCGAGGCCGUGACGGAGUCGUAUGAGCUGCAGCCCGUCGACGGUGGUGCUGCUGACACGCCCCCAUCUCAGCGCGGUCGUCUGCAUUCGCCCACACACAGUGCCGGCUCGUUCCGCAACUUUUCGGCCAGGUUGAGCGGUGAUGCUGCGUAG